AUGGUUCGAUCAUCGGGAAUUGCCAAUUCCCUAGCAAUAGCUUUGGCAUUUGCAUCGGUUGCGCAGGCUGAUACCAUUAUUGCCAAGUCGAGUUUCGGUCUUAAUGGCAGGAUAUCGGCAGACAAGCAGGUGAUUCCCGGCUGGAAGAUAUAUGGAACAGGACACAUGCCUGUAAAGCUGUCUGACCGGGUUAUUUUGACACCCCCACAUACUGGCAAUAAACGGGGUUCCCUAUGGGCGGAACAACCGCUUGACUCGACGGAAUGGACCGUCGAUUUCGAAUUUAGAGCCAACGGCGAGGAGAGAGGAAGUGGAAAUCUUCAGCUGUGGUACGUGAAGGAUGGACAGUCUAAGGCCUCCACAGCUUCCAUAUACACUGUUGGCCUCUUCGAUGGAUUUGCACUUGCAAUUGAUACGCAUGGUGGAAGAGGAGGCAGCAUCCGGGGGUUUUUGAACAACGGUAAUACGGAUUAUAAGAGCUCCAACGUUGACAGCCUAGCUUUUGGACGUUGUGACUACUCAUAUCGAAAUCUUGGGCGUCUCUCUCGUAUUCAAAUUAAGCAGACGAGAUCUACUUUUGAAGUCCUGGUUGAUAAUAAACGCUGCUUUGCUACGGAGAAGGUGGUUCUCCCGCCAGGAAACACAUUUGGAAUCACCGCAGCAUCAGCAGAUACCCCAGAUUCUUUCGAGAUCUUCAAGUUUGCCUUGAGUGUACCCAAUGCAGCGCAGGGGGACCAGUCAUACCAGCAUCGCUCUUAUGAAAACCAGCACACGCCCAACGGAAAUCAGAAUGGAAACGGGAAGCAGCAACAACAGCAGCAGCAGCAGCAACAACAACAACAUGCCCCGAGAGCCGACACCAGUGCCCUUGAAACCCGACUCAACGACCUAACAAACCGUUUCCAAACCCUAACGACCACCACUGAACGCCUCCUUAAUGAAAUGCAAUCCUUAUCCAGCAAACUCGACGAGCGCCACAAGGAAGUACUGAAAAAGUUAGCGCAAAACCGUGACCAGGUGAAUACUAUUGAGCAGCGGAUUCAGCGGAUGGAUAGAUUGCUCGAGGGCGUGCAGAAGCAGUUUAAGCUGUCGCAUUCGGGGGUUAUUGAGCAUUUGCAGUCAACUUCGAAUCAAAUCCUCUCCUCCACGCCACGAAUGGGAUUUCUCAUCUUCCUAAUAGUCGUGAUUCAACUCGCCCUUGCCGGCUCGUAUAUCCUCUAUAAACGCCGCCGUGUCAACCUACCCAAGAAAUUUUUGUAA